AUGCCUCGUCCGCGGGUCAAGGACGAAGACCGCAAGCGCGUAGCCCGCGCAUGCGACACGUGCAAGCGGCGCAAAGAAAAAUGUGACGGACAGCAUCCGUGCCUGUUAUGCAAGCGGCGAGGUCGCGACCUAGAGUGCGUCUUCAGCGAGGGUUAUUCCAAGCGCGGCUCCCGUCGCCAGGACAGUGUCGCCUCGUCCUCGCAGCCCAUGACCCUGAGGGAUGCCUUGACCGACUCCAAUGACGCCGAGAUCGCCAUCGAGUCGCUGUUGACGUUGUCAGGAUCAAGGAGUGCCGCCAAGUCUCCUCAAGAAGAAAAGGACGAGGACGCGGACGCCGUGAUAUCGAGAGCGCCCGUCCCGAAGCUCGCUCGACUGCUCCGCGAUGGACGCGGCAAGUUCCUCUUCGUCGGCGACUCGAGCAAUCUGGCAUUCGUGCAGAACAUUCGCCGGCUGGUCAAGAGUGAGAUUGGCGAAUGCCAGCUGACUUCCGACCCUCUACGACAUGCAAUGUGCGAGGUGAUUCCGCCGCGCAAACCCCCAACCGCGUUGCAGUCUCGGCAUCCGAAACCUACCCGGGCCGAAGCCCUGGACCUGAUCAAACAUUAUCUGUUGGCAUCGAGCGGCGUGAUAGAUCUGUUCGAUCCCGACGAUAUCACAGAGCAUCUCUGCGCCUGGACCCGCGAUCCGACGGCCGAGACGGAUUUCAAUAGCUCCAUCUAUUACCUGGUCAUGGCGAUUGGAGCCCUCACCCGCAGUUCCAGUCAAUCCGACCUGGACCAAGCUGAAUUCUAUUUUCAGCGUGGGCGAGAAAUUGGCGUGACAAGCUUUCUGGAAGAUCCCAGUGUCCUGACCAUCCAGGCCUAUACGCUCAUUACCUUCUACAUGCUAGCAGCUGUUCGGCGCAAUGGCGGCUUCAUGUUAUUGGGUAUUGCCGUUCGUGCCGCCUAUGCUUUGGGCCUGCAUAGAAGUGAUAUAUCCAAUCUGUUUGAGCCUCGCGAAAGGCUCGCGCGAGAAAGAGUGUGGAAGAGCCUGCGAGUACUGGAUUUGUAUAUGAGCGGAUCGCUUGGCCGCCCCCCUGCGACCUCGGAAGUCGACGGUGGCAGUGUUUCGUGGAACCGCUCCACCCGAGAUUACGAAGAUAUCCAGAUGAACGGUCGAACCACUUCGGCGACCUUGAGGAUCUGUUUCAUCUUCGAACGCAUCCUGAACGAGGUCUAUUGUCGCCGUGAAGUAUCCGUCCAGCUCGUGGAGAGUAUAUCUCGACAAUAUCGGGACUGGACGGCCCAGUUGCCGGCGGGAUUGCAAGCUGACAGCCUCGACCAGAAGGUGGGCUCUAUAGCCCCGACGUUGCGACAAACAAUCGGCAUCGCUCAUCUGAAAGGUGCAUACUACUGGUCCAUCAUACUGUUGACGAGGCCAUUCCUUAUCUUUAAGGUUUCCUCCAAGAUCAAAAACCAGCCAGAGGAAGAGGAUAGUGCCGGCAACUCAGUGACGAUGACCCUGAGUGAAGCAUGUAUCGACGCUGCUUUGAGAAGCAUCGAGAUCGCAACGGACCUGGUCUAUCUGCCCGGAGUCCCCAAGAGACUAUUCAUGAUCACCAACAGUGUGUUUAUCUCCGCCAUGGUGAUUGGGUUUGCCAUCUUCGGGGACUUUGACAAGUCCUUUCCGUUGCUGAGCAGUAUCACUCAGGCGGAAUCUAUCUUGACUAUAAUGGCCAAGGAUGAUAUGUCGGCGCGCCGACAUGAUACCAUCACCCGACAUCUGCAUCUAGCCGCCCUUGAACAUAUCGAAAGACGUGAACAGAAGCAGAUGCAGAAACGGAGGCAAGACAUCCACAACAUCUUUGGUGAUCCAAUCAACAAAGGCGAUAGUGCGAGGUCAACUAGAACGAGCACGGGCAAUCAAACCCCGAGUGCCACCCCGGUCUCUGCGUUGCAGCACAACGGAGGUGCGCACUUUGACACGUCAGAGCCCAUGGAAGAGGCAGCACCGCCAUGGCAGUUACGCUUCGAAAUGCCUCCUGAAAGCCGUGGUCCCGUGCUCACAACAUCUGGAGCACUGGCCUACACUGGCGAAGAUUCCGGGGAACAGCCGAUCCCACCCUUGCCGCGGCAUGAUCUUGAGCGGGUGCCAGAUACUGAUUAUCUCUCGCCGGAGGGCUCAGGCAUUCCAAGCCUGCCGUCAUACGCUGAGGAGUUUCCUCUCUUCUCAUUAAUGACCGACUUUGACCAGUUGCAGGAUCCAUUUCAGUUGGUGGAAACGUGA